CUUUGAGCGCGCCAAAGGAAAUUCCAUUAAUUUAUUUUGAAAAACAUUGCAUCAGUCGCGGAUGGAAUAUAAAAGAAAACUCAACUAAAAUCACUGAAUGUAUUUAGAAGAAAACCGGUGUAAGUACCAGAUGGUACAUAAGUGAAAGUGAUUGAAAAAGUUAAAUAAAAAGAAGCUUCUUAAAUAGGUGAAAACUUAUUUUUUUUAGUUGUUUGAUCUUGUGCCAGUGCAAUGAAAAUCAAACAAGAAAUUGCAAUAAUGCAAAAGGAUUCAAAUGAAGAUCCUCUGGUCAGGAGAAGAAAACAUCGACUGGAUCAUCUAACACACGAAGAAAAAAUAGAGAGAAAAAAAAUGAAGAAUCGCAUGGCAGCACAAACAUCGCGUGAUCGGAAGAAAAUAAAAAUGGACAAUAUGGAAACUACAAUAAAAAUUCUCUCUGAGGAAAAUAAGCAACUCAACAAAAGAAAUGCUUAUCUGGAGGAGCGUCUGAAAGAAUUAGAAAGACGCCUAGGUGGCAUUUAUGAUGGUCUCACAAUUGACACACAGUCGGGAAACGUGCAAGAGAAGGCGAUGGCGCUCAACCUUCUCGAAAUUUGCAUAAUCCUCACUGUAUGGUUCACAAUCAAAAGAUCUCUAAUGGAAUCAUCAUGGCUGAUGAUGCAUCAGACUUCGAUGAUACCUUCACAGCAAAAAGCCAAAGCGCCCAAGAGAUUUAUCCACAUUCACCCAAGUUACCUGCAUCACACAAUUCAAGUGAUUUGAAGAAAAUCUUCAUGGAGCACUCCUACAAUAAAACCCACGACAUAGACAGGGCAUAUAUUGAUACAAUAGACCUAAAUUUGUCAUCAGAUGAUGGAUUUUCCUCUACAUGCAACUCCCUGUCACCACUCUCGGAUGUGGACUAUGAAAUGGAUAUUUGGAAUGAGACCCUAUCGGAACUUUUUCCUUCAUUAGCUUAUUAAAUUACAGAAAUCUUUCAAAUUGAUCUCUAAUACAUUUUAUGUUUCAAAUCAUUGUGAAAUCAAAGAUGAAUAAAUUUAUUCAAUUAA